UAUGAUUAAUUAAAAGGAUCUACUUACAUCAGACUCAGGUGAGAUUGUCUUCUUAGAGAGUAAAACUUAAUAUGAUCUUUUGUAAUAAAAAGUAGAAUAGUUAGAAAAAUAAGUGAAAGUAUAAUAUUAUAUUAUAAAAAGGAAUUGGACUAAAAUAAUUAAUAAUUAAAGAAAAAUCUUACACAAAGUAGGAGAGAUUAUUAAUAAUUAUUUGAGGAUCUUGAAAAAUAUAGUAAUGAAAACAUUUAAUAUAGAAAAAAGUGAAGAAGAGUACUUCAAAAAUAGAGAAUAUAAUUCGGUCAAGUUAUUGAAAUAGUUUACAACUCUUGAAAAUAAAAUUAUAGAAUAAGAAGAAAAAAUAAAGAAAUUGAUAGAAUAAAAUUAAAUGCUUACAGACACUAAUAAAGAAUUAGAGAAUUAAAAUGAUUAUCUUUAAAGUUAAAAUUUUGUCAUUGAUUAAGAAAAAUAGAAGAUUUUUGUAUAUUUUAUUUUGAUUUUAGAAUUCUCAUUAUUCAAGAAAGUAAGAAUUAAAAGAAGUUACAUAAGAAAAGAUUUAAUAUGAAGAGAAAUUAAAGGAAAAUAAAUAAAAAAUUGAAAGUUUAGAAAAUGAAAUUGAAACACUUCAAUAGAAAUAAAGUAACAUUAAAUAUAUUAUAUUAAUAUAGUUGAUUAUGAAAAAUAAAUAAGUCAUUGGUAAUCACUUUCAGAAAAGAAAGAAUAAUUAGCUUAAAUGUCUUAAGAAUUAUUAGAAUAAUAACUAUAAUAAUAAUAAAUUGUUAAUUAACCUAAUCAAGAUGAAUAUAAAAGUAAUAUUAUUAUGAGUUUGUAAAGUAAAGAAUUUUAUUAUAAAUUAGAAAUUGAACAAUAAAUAGGAGGAAAAUUUAAUCAUAUUGAAUAAGAAUUAAAAGAUAAUGAAAGUUAAAAAGAAUAUAAGAGGAAUGAACAAAUUUUAUUUUUAAAUCAAGCAUUUAAUUUAUAAUUGAGAUUGAAGUUAGAAAAUAGAUUUAUUACAUUUAAACAUGAAUUCAGAGAUAAUUAAAUUCGUGAGUGAUAUCAAUAUAUAUUGAAAAUAAUUAUUAAUAAUCAUUUUUUAUUUCUUUAAAAUGUAAAAUUUGUUCUCUCUUUUCUAGAAUCCCAACAUGUUGAAUUCUACUAAUUAAUAGAUUCAACUAUACUAAAGAACAAUCAAAGUAUAUAUUUCUUGAUUAAUAUACAAGAAUUUAGAAAAUGCUUCAAAUAAGACUUUAGAAUUAUUCAUAAUUUCUAAGACUUGGCUUCGAUAAUGGAAACACUAUGUAAAGUAUUAUGAAAACUAAUACUAUAAUUCCAUUUAAAGAUAGUAAAAAGUAAGCAAACAUCUUUAUUUUCAAGCCUGGACCUAUUAAUUCUGAUUUAAAAUCAGAUGAAAUUUUCUUAUUCAACUAUCCAAAUAAUCAUUCUUUUAAUUAGAAAAUAAUAAAAUUAGAUCCAGAAGAUUAUGUUCUAGUAAACUAUUCAAUUAAAUUAUAGAUUGGAAGUGAUUUGAUGAAUAUGUGGCAUUUAGAAUUUGGAUCUGAUUUAACAAUAUUUAGAUAGAUAACUUUUGAUGAAAAAUCUAAACCAAUUACAAAUGUUAAUCUAAGAAGAGUAAGACAAUUUAAUAACUAUAUUAGUAAGAAAUUUAUAUGAAAAUUUAAAAUUCUACUCGAGGUAUUAUCUAAGUAGAUGAGAAAUGUUUGAUAAAAUAAUGGAUUAUUUUAAUAAAAUCAGCUUUAAAAAGUGAGUUUUAAUUAAAUUGUGAAAACAUUAGAUUAUGGAAGCAUAAAAACUUUCCCGCUAAUUAAGCUUUAAAACAAUUAGAAUAAAAUAAUGGAAAAUUUAAUGGAUUGAUUUUGGAUGAUAAUUAAAGUGUAGGAUAUUAUAAAGCUGAUUUAAUUUUUAUAGAUAUUUAAGAAAAUGGAAAGUGGCAAUAUGAAUAAUUAGAUUAUAAAGUAUAUAUGAAUUUUAUAUUAGAAAUCUUAUUAAGAAGAAUUUAAAUAUAUAUUUAAUAAAGCAUUUAAAGGAUGUGGUAAAUUUUAUUGUGAUAAAAAUUAUUGUAAUAGUAAUCCAGUUUUUAAUUAAUUGCAAUUUGAAAAAGCUAGUUUAUAAUAAUUUCUUAUUGAAUCUUUUAAAGAAGAUAGUAUAGAUUGGAAUGAGGUUUGUUUUAAUUCUGAAUAAGAAUUAAAACCAAUUUAAUAAAGAGAUGAAGAUUUUAUAUAAUAAAUAUGCAAAUUGUCAGAAUAUCCAAAUAGUUUUGGUUGUUCAUUUAUUUAGGAUUUUAAUGGUACUUAUGAAUAAAUACUUAUGAAUAAUGAUAAUCCUGCAUUAAAUAUGAAUCUAAUAAAUGAAAUAAAUAAAUCUAUCUCUGUAUAUGUUUUGAAAGGUUGGAUCAAUAAUUUAUAUAAAUCUAAAGAACGUAGUCCAUUUAAAUUGAGAUCAAUAUUCAUUAUUUUACAAUUUGAUUGUUUUAAUAAAAUUAUAAGUGAAAAAUAAAAUAAUUUAUUUGAAUAUAUAUUGAAUUUGGAUAAAUAGAGUAAGAAUCAAUUAUCCUAAUAUUUGACUUUACUUCCAACUUAACAAUUUAUUAAUAUAGUUGAAGUUACAAUUAAAAAUUUGGCAUCUUUUAUUAAAUAAUAGUCAUAAUAGACAAUUUAAUUAUUAUAUAAAGCAGACAUCAAUUAUUUAAUUUAAUAACUUGAAUUUUUAUAAAUAUUUUACAAAUCUAAUGAAAAACUUAAAAGAAUUCCUACUGAUAAAUUCAUUAUAAAAGAAGUAACAAAACUAUAUCCACAUUAAGGAGAAUUAUUGGAAUAUAAAUAAUUUGCUUGUUAUAAUAAAAAAUAAUUUGAGAAUUAUUACUUUACAUUUUGUUUAUAUCCAUGGAUAAUUCCAAUUGAAUUUAAAUAUCAACUUUUAACUUUGGAUUCUAAUGUAAAUCAAAGGAAUUAGGGUGAUUUUAUUUUGCAAUAAAUAGGACUUGCACCUUCAUUAAAAUUAUUGAUAGAUAGAAAUGAUAUUGUAAAUAGUGCAUUAGAAUAACUUUCAAGAAAAGAAAUUAAUUUAAAAUCUAGAUUAUCAAUAGUGUUUAAGGGAGAAUAAGGUAUAGAUUAAGGAGGUUUGACAAGAGAAUUUUUCUCUUUAUUGACUCAAAAACUUUUUGAUGUUUAAUUUACUAUGUUUGUUACAAGAAAUAAUAAUACUGUAUUAUGGUUCAAUAAACAUCAUAUGGAAAUGCCUAUAAAAUAUGAAUUAAUAGGAAUGUUAUUAGGAUUAGCUUUGUAUAAUUAAGGUAUAAAUAUAAUAAUAAUAAAAUUUAAGUUUUAUUGGAUAUAAAUUUCCCAUAGUUAGUAUUUAAAAAGUUAAUGAAUGAACCAGUUUCAUUUGAAGAUCUUAAAGAAUUAGAUUUAGAUACUUAUAAAGCAUUGAAUUUAUUGAAUGAAUAUGAAAAGGAUGAUAUUGAGGAAGCAUUUGCAAUUAAUUUUUCAAUAACAGAAUAUGAUAAUUGGGGAUAAGCCUUGAAUGUUGAAUUAAUAGUAAAUCUCAAUUUAAUUAAUAGUAAAAUGGUUAAUAAAUAAUGGUCACAUAGAAGAAUAAACAAUAAUACAUUUAGUUAUGUACUGAAUAUUAUUUGAAUUAAUCAAUCCAAAAAGAAUUCCAAAGAUUUCAUGCAGGAUUUUGGAAAGUUGUAGAUGGAAAUGGUAUAAAAUUAUUGACAGGAGCUGAAUUACAAACUAUGAUUUUAGGAUAAAAACAUUUAAAUAUGUAAGAAUUGGAAGAAUCUACUAAAUAUGAUGGAUUUGAUAAAAAUUCUGAAUAUAUAAGAACUUUCUGGGCAUAUAUUCAUUCAUUAGAUGAAUAAUAAUAAAAGAGAUUUUUAUUUUUUUCAACAGGAUCUGAUAGAGUUCCUGUUGGUGGAUUAAAAUCAUUGAAGUUUGUUAUUUAAAAGCAUGGUGAAGGUAUAAUUUUAUAUUUUUAUAUUUAUAGACACCGAAUAAUUACCAUCAGCACAUACAUGUUUUAAUGUGUUUUUAUUACCUAAGUAUGAUUCACCAGAGAAAAUGAUAGUAAAAUUAUAGAUUGCCUUUGAAAAUAGUGAAGGAUUUGGAUUAAUGUGAU